AUGGCUUUAACUGCCGUCUCUGCUGCCUCUGCUGCUGCUAAAGCUUCCAAGGGGACCUUUGGGUCUUCUACCUCUGACGCUGGGGCUGGUGCUGAUGGUGCCGGUUUCAGUGCAGCCGCUUCUGCUAGUGUUGCUUUAUUAACAUAUGCUGAUGAUGAUGAUGAUGAUGAUGAUGUUAUAAUGCUUCCCGCUUCUUUUCCUCGUUCUCCUCCAAGAAAUUCGGAUCCAGGAAGCUUAUAUGAACGAUUUGAACUAAUUCUUUCAAAAUGUUUGACUCAUAACUUGGAUGAUGAAUUUCCAGUAAGUGAAGAUGGUAAGUUUGGAUUUGUUCCUACUGAAUGUUCAGAAACUCAUGGUUUAGGAAAUACGCUGCAAGAAACUCCCGAGUUGUCCAAUUGA